ACAAAUGGGCCCAGGGGGUGAGCAGAGGACAAUGAACGACGUCAAAAGGGAGGAGAAAAUGACCGCGGACGGCGUCGGUGGUCCGGGCAAGCUACAAACUGUGAGCCACAAUCAGCAUGACAGUGGCACCGGUGACGAGCUGGUGAGCUCCGUGACGCUGUACAGGCGAAGGCCCCGGCUCUUCCACGGCACCGUCCUCCCCUUCCUGACGGUCCUCUACCCCGGCUGGCUGUACGUGUGGCUGUGGGUGUACGGUGCCUCGGAGUAUCCGGAGGCAGGCCUCCUGGCUCUCGCUGCCAUCGGGAUCGCGCACGUCCUCACGGCGCUGUCCGGUUAUUGGUCCGUGCACGCCCACUGUUGGCUCACUUGUUCCAAGGAGGCGGACCCGAACAAGGCGACACUGGCAAAGGUUGUACCCACGCCUAAUAACGGUUCUGCUGAGCUUGUGACACUACAAAGAGACCAGGAUGAAAAUGGAGAAGAGAUUCUGUUGUUUGAGUUCCAGAAAAUCCGCUACACUUUCGACCAGAAAGAAAAGAAAUGCUUCUUUCCCAUCGCAUUCCCCGUCGACCACCCGUUGGGCUACUUCCAGUCGUGGCGCGGCUACCAGGAGGAAGCUGACCUCAGAGCUGCGGAAAAGCGCUACGGCACCAACCAUGCAGAGAUGAUAGUUCCCGAUUUCCUCGAGCUAUUUCGGGAGAGGGCCACUGCUCCCUUUUUUGUUUUCCAGGUGUUCUGUGUAGGGCUGUGGUGUUUGGACGAUUACUGGUACUACAGCGUGUUCACGCUUUUCAUGCUGGUGGCGUUCGAAGCCUCCCUGGUCCAGCAGCAAAUGAGGAACAUGUCCGAGAUCCGGCGCAUGGGAAACAAACCCUACAUGAUCCAGGUUUAUAGGAACCGUAAGUGGAGACCCAUCUCGAGUGAUGAGCUCGUCCCGGGUGACCUUGUCUCCAUCGGACGUUCCCCCCAGGACAACCUGGUCCCGUGCGAUGUGCUUCUACUCCGCGGUCGCUGCAUCGUGGAUGAGGCCAUGCUAACUGGAGAAUCUGUCCCUCAGAUGAAGGAGCCAGUGGAGGACUUGGACCCCGGUCAAAUUCUUGACCUUCAAGCAGAGUCUCGGCUCCACGUCAUCUCUGGGGGGACCAAAGUGGUUCAGCAUAGCCCCCCUUUAAAGGCCAGUGCUGGACUCAAACCUGUAGACAAUGGCUGUGUGGCCUACGUUUUGAGAACAGGAUUCUACACAUCUCAGGGUAAACUUUUGCGCACCAUCCUUUUUGGCGUGAAGAGAGUCACGGCAAACAACCUGGAGACAUUCAUCUUCAUCCUCUUCCUGCUGGUGUUCGCCGUUGCAGCCGCUGCCUACGUGUGGGUGGAAGGGACGAAGGACCUCAGCAGGAACCGCUACAAACUCUUCCUGGAAUGUACCUUAAUCCUCACCUCGGUGGUUCCACCGGAACUCCCCAUUGAGCUUUCUCUGGCUGUUAACACGUCCCUCAUCGCUCUGGCCAAACUAUAUGUAUUCUGCACAGAGCCCUUCAGGAUUCCUUUUGCCGGUAAAUUGGAGGUCUGCUGUUUUGACAAAACGGGAACUCUGACAAGCGACAGUCUGGUGGUGCGAGGAGUAGCGGGCCUCAGGGAGGGCAAAGAGGUGAUGCCCGUUUCGGAUAUUCCGGUCGAGACGCAUCGGGUCGUGGCGACCUGCCAUUCGUUGGUCACGCUGGAUGAUGGACAGCUGGUUGGAGAUCCACUGGAGAAGGCCAUGCUGACCGCUGCUGAUUGGACUCUUACUAAAGACGAAAAGGUCUUCCCACGUAGCAUCAAGACUCAGGGCCUCAAGAUCCAUCAGCGCUUCCACUUUGCCAGCGCUCUGAAGAGGAUGUCAGUUCUGGCCUCCUACGAGAAGCUGGGAUCCACUGAACUGUCCUACAUCUCCACCGUUAAAGGCGCUCCAGAGACACUCAAAGCGAUGUUUUCAGAACACCCCGAGACUUAUGAUAAAGUGCACAAGGAAAUCUCCCGGGAAGGGGCGAGAGUUCUUGCUUUGGGUUACAAAGAGAUGGGACAUCUAAGUCAUCAGCAGGUUCGGGAGAUGAGCCGCAAUUCCUUGGAGUGUGACUUGAACUUUGCCGGCUUCAUGGUUGUGACCUGCCCCCUCAAGAGUGACAGCAAGGCGGUCAUCAGAGAGAUCCAGGAAGCGUCUCAUCAUGUGGUGAUGAUCACAGGGGACAACCCCUUAACAGCGUGCCAUGUGGCCAGAGAACUCCACUUCCUUCAAAAGGAACAAACGCUUAUUUUGCAAUCGGCACAUGGCGGGUGGCAGUGGGAGUCCAUCGACGGCACCGUGCACGUGCCCCUUCCGCCUCCCUCGGUGUCUUCAUUUGUGCAGCAGUUUGACCUGUGCGUAACCGGGGAGGGGCUGACCAGACUGUGCUGUGACACCCAGCUACUGCGCGCCCUCUUGCCUCACAUACGAGUGUUUGCACGGGUCAGCCCAAAACAGAAGGAAUUUGUUGUCACGAGUCUCAAAGGGCUGGGUUAUGUAACACUAAUGUGUGGCGAUGGUACAAAUGAUGUCGGAGCUCUCAAACAUGCCCACAUCGGCGUUGCCCUAUUAGCCAACGCCCCUGAGCGAAUGCCCGAAAAAAAGAAACGAGGGCGAGAGAAGGAUGUGCCCGCCGCUGAAUCCAGACCUUUGCCACCUGUCAAUGCGGGAGGCAAGCCGAGCUCCAGAGGUGCCAGGCAGAGGAUGAUGGCCCAAAGAGAGGAACAACUCGCGGCACAAAAGGAGAGGAUAAGUCAAGUCUUGCGGGAACUCGAAGAGGAUCAGGUACAGAUCGUAAAACUGGGUGACGCCUCUAUCGCCGCCCCGUUCACCUCCAAACUCUCUUCCAUUCAGUGCAUCUGUCAUGUAAUAAAGCAAGGUCGUUGCACUCUGGUAACAACGCUACAGAUGUUUAAGAUCCUCGCUCUCAAUGCCCUGGUGCUCGCCUACAGCCAGUCGGUGCUCUACCUGGAGGGGGUAAAGUUCAGCGAUUUCCAGGCAACCCUGCAGGGUCUGCUGUUGGCUGGAUGUUUCCUCUUCAUCUCUCGGUCGAAGCCACUGAAAACAUUGUCGCGGGAGCGUCCCUUACCGAACAUCUUCAAUCUUUAUACUGUGUUGACGGUGCUGCUACAGUUCGCGGUCCACUUCUGCAGUCUGGUCUUUCUUUACAAAGAGGCGCAGAGCAGAAGUCCGCCCAGAGAAGAUCAGUUUGUGGACCUGUACAAAGAGUUUGAACCCAGUCUAAUCAACAGCACUGUCUACAUCAUGUCUAUGGCUAUGCAGAUGGCCACGUUUGCCAUUAACUACAAGGGUCAUCCGUUCAUGGAGUCACUCAGUGAGAACAGACCACUACUAUGGAGCAUCGCUUUGUCGGGUUUAGCAAUUGUGGGACUUCUUUCUGGUUCGUCACCUGAAUUCAAUGAACAAUUUGCCCUCGUUGAUAUUCCAACUGAGUUCAAAAUGAUCAUCGCCCAGGUUCUCGUGGUGGACUUUGUCACUGCCCUAUUAGUGGACCGUGUACUGCAGUUUUUGCUUGGCAAAGGAACUCUCAUGGUUCCUUCUUGAACUCGUCCUGCCGUCGGCACCCGCGGUCCUUAUGUACUCUAAAGGGAGAGAAGAGAUGUGAGAUGGUCAUGGCGCGCAGCACUGUACACUCCCCCUCCUUCAGUCUUCUCCUUCCAACCACAUUCCCUUAUUGAAUUGUCAUCUGCUACACUUUGUUCUUUUUCCCCCAAACUUCAUCUAUCCCUCCCCACACCCAGAUAAGGCCAUGAAGAGCAGUAUUGAGAGGAGUGCGAGACUGUGUCAGUGGAGCGACACUUAGACACAAGAGGGGCAUUCUCCAAGAGAAUUAACGAGCGUUUUGUUUUGUUUUUUUAAUUACUCUCCUUGAUUUUGUAAAAAGUGAAGACAUCUCUAACAGACUUAUAAAAAGACUUGCAAAUGA